CGCUGAAGACGGCGACGUGGCUGAAGGAGGCCGGUUUGUUUCGGAACUGAGGCUCAAGCACAGCCGCUCAGGAUUGGUGCUAGGCUGGGCCGGGGUCUUUGGCCGGAAGCGGAAGUGGAGAAAGGAUGCAGGACCAUCAGCACGUGCCCAUCGACAUCCAGACCAGCAAGCUGCUCGGUAGGAGAGGGCGCCCCCGCGCGGUCGGCUCUCGGGGGAGGUCUGCUAGUUGCCCCCUGUCACCAACCAGCAGCCAGGAGCUGUGAAAGUCCCAGCUGAGACUGGCUGGUGGACAGAAGACACUGUAACCUAAAAUGGCAGAGCCUGGUGCUGACCAUCCGGGAAAAAAUCAACACUGCCAUCCAGGACAUGCCAGAGAGCCAGGAGAUUGCCCAGCUGCUCUCUGGAUCCUACAUUCAUUACUUCCACUGCCUAAGAAUAGUGGACCUUCUUAAAGGCACCGAGGCGUCCACCAAAAAUAUUUUUGGCCGGUACUCUUCACAACGGAUGAAAGAUUGGCAGGAGAUCGUAAGCCUGUAUGAGAAGGACAACACCUAUUUAGUGGAACUCUGUAGCCUCCUGGUUCGGAAUGUCAGCUAUGAGAUCCCCUCGCUGAAGAAGCAGAUUGCCAAGUGCCAGCAACUGCAGCAAGAAUACAGCCGCAAGGAGGAGGAGGGCCAGGCUGGGGCCGCUGAGAUGCGAGAGCAAUUCUACCACUCCUGCAAACAGUAUGGCAUCACGGGAGACAAUGUCCGAAGAGAACUUCUGGCCCUGGUGAAGGACCUGCCAAGUCAGCUGGCUGAGAUAGGGGCAGGGGCUCAGUCCCUGGGGGAGGCCAUUGACCUGUACCAGGCCUGUGUGGAGUUUGUGUGUGACAGCCCCACAGAGCAAGUGCUGCCCAUGCUGCGGUAUGUGCAGAAGAAGGGAAACUCGACGGUGUAUGAGUGGAGGACGGGGACAGAGCCCUCUGUGGUGGAGCGACCACAGCUGGAGGAGCCUCCUGAGCAGGUGCAAGAGGAUGAGAUCGACUGGGGUGACUUUGGGGUGGAAGCUGUUUCCGACUCUGGCAUCGUUGCUGAGACUCCUGGAAUAGACUGGGGUAUCUCCCUGGAGUCAGAGGCCAAGGAUGCUGGGGCUGACAAGAUAGACUGGGGUGACGAUGCUGCUGCUGCUUCAGAGAUCACCGUGCUGGAGACAGGAACUGAGGCUCCGGAGGGUGUAGCUCGGGGCUCAGACGCUCUGACUCUUCUGGAAUACCCUGAAACUCGGAAUCAGUUCAUUGAUGAGCUCAUGGAGCUUGAGAUCUUCUUGUCUCAGAGAGCAGUAGAGAUGAGCGAGGAGGCCGACAUCCUGUCCGUGAGCCAGUUCCAGCUGGCUCCUGCCAUCCUCCAGGGCCAGACCAAAGAGAAGAUGCUCAGCCUGGUGUCCACGCUGCAGCAGCUGAUCGGCCGGCUCACCAGUCUGCGGAUGCAGCACCUGUUUAUGAUUCUGGCCUCGCCAAGGUAUGUGGACCGAGUGACAGAGUUCCUCCAGCAGAAGCUGAAGCAGUCGCAGCUGUUGGCUUUGAAGAAGGAGCUGAUGGUGGAGAAGCAGCAGGAGGCGCUUCAGGAGCAGGCAGCUCUGGAGCCCAAGCUGGACCUGCUGCUGGAGAAGACCAGAGAGCUGCAGAAACUGAUUGAAGCCGACAUCUCCAAGAGAUACAGUGGCCGUCCUGUGAACCUGAUGGGGACCUCUCUGUGACGCGCUCCCUCUGUGUCCUCCACCCUCCUUCCCAGCUACCAGGAGGAGGUGGGACAGCCCAGGCUGAUGCUACUGGGCCUCACCAGCAAGAAGUCAGGCGGACUUGGAGACAGAGCCAUGAGGAAGGGUCACACCAUGAUCUCUGCAAGCAGUUGUCUUGAGUGGCUCUGGCCUGUCAGCCUUAAGGCACACUUGCUGCUUCUAGUUGUCAAGUGAGGCUUAAUAAAAGGAAGUGACUCUCCUUCGUGGCUGGCAGUCACUUGCACCACCACGCUGAGCCUGCUUGAAGUUGAAGCUGUGCACAUGUUUUCUUAAUUCUUGAUCCAAGGAGGCCUUGAGCAAUUGUAGAGCCCCAGGUUAGAGGCUUUUCUUCCUGGCUUUUGGUGGUACCUGACCCCAUAAGCAUUUAUAAAUGGUUCAGCAUGUGGUUUGGGGCUGGCCAGUACAGCUUUGCCCCCUUCUGUCACCAGGCUCAUGCUGUCCUGCCCCAGUCGGCAGCCCAGGGGGAGCAGUCAGCCUGCCCUGUGAGACCCUGCAGAGGUGUAUUUUUCCUCUUAAUCACUGCUUACUGGCUAGUCAGGGGGAAAUGUGGUUUGGGGAGGCAGGGUCUGAUAAACAAGGUGGAGACAAGA